AUGGUUGUCGCCAACCACUGCCGUGUCCAGAAGCAGACAGUUGGGCUGCGUAGGUUACUAGGGCAUAUGAUGCUCUUUGCUCCAGCAGCAGCAACGGCCACCCUCUUAACUGGAGCGCUGGAGGCGGCCAAUCCUUCUUCAAGCCAGGAAGAUGCAUCAUCAAUUGCGGCGCCCCAUGGCGACACUCUGCCUCUCCACCCGUACACCACCUUGAAUCUGGUUUUGGGCCAGUCUUUGGGGGCCUUCGAGUCCGCGAUAGUGGGAAAACAGCAGAAGCACCCUCAGAUGUCUCAGCGUUUGGUAGUGAGUGCUGGCUUGGUGGCGGUUGCGUUGGCACUGGCCUUUCUCGUGUUGCAGUGCACACGAACGGCUCGGUUCCCAAGGUUAUUUAGUUCUGUGACUAAACGGGCUCUUUCCGACUCAGACUUAGAGGAUCAGCGGGUGGAUACCUGCGUCGGCGAGCAGCGUGAGGCAGGUGGGGACGGCGCACGAUAUGCAGGGGAAGGAAAAGAGGGAAACACUUCAGAGGAAGCGGGAGAAUUAGCGGCUCUGCAAACAUUGGAAGACUUGCGAUGCAUCGUUACUCUUGGGGUACAAACCGUGCCGUACCUACCGUUUGACAGAAAUGCCUUUCUGGUUGCCUUGGUGGUGACGAUUUGCACACAGGAGUUGGUUUUGUAUGGGAUAUACUCGACUCCCCAAGUAGAGGUGGAGCGGCAGAAGACAAUGGAUUUCAUUCUGGAGGAGGCACGACUGGCUUUGGCACAAUUAGAUGCCGGUGGCCAGUUAUCCGACGCUGCAGUGCGAGCGGAGAGGAUUUUAGAGCUCUUGGAAGAAUUUAGAACACCAAGACCGGAGCAGAACGCUUUGGAGCUGGCUGUGGAGGCAAGCAUCUCCGCGUGUAGAGUUUUGCCGUGUAAGGAGGCCCUACUACAGCUACAACCUUGGGUCAAGAACUCCACUCCGAUCCCUGAAGAGGUAGACAAACGGUUCCGGAGAGUGCUAACGUACACGCGUCUAGCUGGAAAAGGAAGACUCAAAGCAGAUGCCAAAGCAUAUUCGUGGGUGAUGAUGGCGCAAACACAGGUUGGUUUCAAUGUUCUCUUCGAAUCACAUCCCGAAGAUAAAUUCUUCAUUCACCGUCUGUCGUUCGAAACUGAGAUGAGAAAACGUAGGCCACGUUACAAAAAGUUAGCAAGGCUACUCGCAAGCAGCGUCGAGUUCGCCUUGAGCCAGAAACCAAUGGAAAGGCACCUGAAGGAACAGCACCAGCAGGAGCAACGACGACGGGAGGAACUGCAACAGUUGCAGCCGCGACAGCACCAUUGGACCAACCAGGUUGCUGCGAGCAUUUCUAGGCCUGGCUUCGUCCGCCAACCGGUUAUGCAGCCGGUCACUCUAAGAACUCGUGUGGGAGUACAGCCAUUCUACCCCUCGCGGCCCCUUCUUGCACCUUCCCACGGAACUGUGACGACAGAAACAUCGUCUUUGACAGACUCACCUCUGUUCCAAACAGCUCAGCUACCUUCGAAUGACUCGGACGAACAUCUCCCGACAGCUCGCCGUGAGCAUGGGCGUCACUCCUCUACCCCGUCCGCUCCAAGGUGGGGCAAGACGCAGCGAGAAACGAAGGACCAACAGCAAUCGUCGCACGCGUAUUUCACAGCAAAGGGUGUUCUUCGAGCAGAGGCACCCGUGUUUACACCGAGAGAGCCAGUGCAGGCGUACGCGCAGGAGCAUGCACCCCCUACUGCUUCUGGUGCCAGGAAUCUUAGGCGGCUAGUCCCACCAUCCCCUGCCUUAGCGCCCCUUUGGCUUCCCGUUGAUCCUUCUACCACUCUGCAGAGCGGUUUCCCCUUGGCUCAUGAAUCACAUAUGCCUACUCAGAGUCACGUUAGUUAUCCCGAAAUGAUCCCCCCAGUAACUACGAUUGCACCUCACAGCCGUGCGCCGCACCACCGUACUCCUUGGGCCCCACAACCACUGCGUGGACAGUCGUUUACCGUCCGGCAGCCUUUUCAGCCUAGUGAACGGCCAUCCGGCCGAUUUCUCAGACCGGCCCUCCAGAGUCCAACUUCAGCAACUCCACUGCGAGCUUCGACACCACCCAAUCAAUUAUCUGCAGCUUGGGGGCAUAUACCUGUCUCGCGGUUUGAGGCUCCUACAGCGUUUUGGCCACCUCAGGGAGGGGAAACCCAGGGAAGCAUUUUCUCAGACUCUUCAGAAGAGACGGCGAGCCUUAACCCUCUCUUGGAUCUGAUUGCUGAAGCAUUUCCGACAACAGAAACACCUGUGUCUGGGGAGACUGAGCAAAGACGGUACAGGCCCAAGGAUUCUCCACGAGCCCCUCCUCCGCACGCACCUCUUUCUGGAGGAAGCUGGAAGAUUUUUGCGAAAGUUCUACAAGACAUACCAGUACCCAGAAGGAGCCAGGGAGCCUCUCCAGCCCCUGAAGAAACACCGCAGACAAGUGAGAGUGCAACAUGGAGUCUUCACGAGUAG